AGGGAAUGCACUUGUGGUACUCCGAGAAACGCCAGCAAGGCAGAAAAAGAUGAGAACAUUCGAUAGAAGAGAGUCUAAACUCUAGAGUGAGAAAAACAGUUGAGAACAAGUCGGUUACAAAUGAGACAACAUCAUGUCUGCGUCUUGUGAUUUCGUUUUGCUUGGUGCUUCUGGCUUUAUUGGAGGUCAUAUUUUGACCGCUCUGGAGGAGCAGAACUAUUCCGUUGUCGUCUGCAAACUUCGUCUUGUUAUGGCCACAGUAGACAAUCUUUGAAAUGAACUAGUCCACCGACUAUAUAUUCCACGAUCCCUUCCUCGAUCCCUUCCAAUCCACAGCAACCAGAGUCCUUAGAACGAUUCCUCCGAGAUGAGCAUACGCCGAAAUUGGGUGUCAUUUGUGCUGCAGGGUCCAAGGGCACGCCAAAUAUCGAUUGGUGUUUGGAGCAUACCACAGAAACGAUCGAAGCCAAUAUCCUUGGCCAACUAAAUGUGGUACGUGUAUGCCGAGUGCUUGGAUUGCACUGCACCUUGAUUUUAUGGAAUAUGACUUAUUUUACGUGCUGUAAGAACUGUAAUGAAGAGUUUCAUACCACGCCCUCUAAAUGCUGGAAGUGGCAUGGUCUAUCCGCCGCUCCCAUCCGAUCGCGCGGCUGCUCUCGAUUUUUACGAGGAAGAUAGAGACAAAAUCCUAGCGAGAGAUUAUAUCGAUGGCGACAUACCUGAUGCGAGUGGAAAGACUUUUCGUGUCCGAGUUGGGGCUAGACAAUCGCCCACGUCCGCAACCGCAGACAAAUCUUCAGCUACAUAUAAAACAGAAAAUGUCCAUUUCUACCGGAAAGCACGUUGCAUGCUGGAGGAUCUGCUGCAAUACUAUCCUGACGUAUUGAACCUGCGGACGCAAUUUCCAGUAGCAAUGACAGACAAAAACUUCGAGAAUAAAGCCAGCUUACUUGCGAAAUUGAAGGGAUUUCCGAAAGUGGAUGCAGCUUUAAGGCACGAGUCUAUGAUAAAAAUCCUUGUUAACGUAGUUCGUGUAGCUAAAAAAAAGUACUUUGUUGAUGAAAAUAGAGACAUCAAUCAUGAAUAUAUAUGUUGCAAGGAAUCGCCCCUGAGGCUUGUUUUUAUCCCAAUUUUUAUCCCAGUCGUCUUCACCUCCCUAAGAUCAACAGUCUCUGUCACCUUCCUGGAAAACCUAUGUCCGGGGAUCCCCAUCAUGGUCAAGCAACGUGCGAGCGGCAACAUCAAUUUCGUGAAUCCUGUUAUGGCUUCCCCUAGGAAUCAUCUUCGGAAGCAUCCACAGAUGAAGGCUGUUCAAGGGGAAAAUUUGGGCCGUGGGAUGCAUCUCGAGAGAAUUCAAUUAGGGGGAGCUCUAACUCUGGAGCAGUAAAAUAUGCUGAUGUAGUGGAGCGUCUUCGCAAAAAAUUUCCUGGUACCUACGAUCCUGAACUACGGGAAGCCGCUCAAGGACGUGGAAGUAUUCUCAUGAGCGCGGAGAAGAUGGUCAAUUUGAUGGCCGCUUCUAAAGGACAAGGAGAUGAGAAACGUGUACCAUCGCAUAAGAUAUUGACCUGUGACGAAUGUUUAGACAUUGCUUUUGGUGAUUCUUAGAUGGUGGAUUGCGACAGCGUACUAUUAGAUGAGUUGAUACAAUUGUCACAAGAAGACGAAGACCAGAG